AUGGAUCGCUUCAAGCAGAUCGAUGCGAGCAACUCGUCCAUCGGUGCACUCCUCUUCCACGAUGAAGAGGUCGUCAGCUUGCAAGACAGCAUCGGCCUCUACGACGGCAAGGACAAGGUGCUCCAUCAGAACAACGGCACCGUCUACCUCACCUCCCAUCGCCUCCUCUACGUAGACGACCUGGAACCACAUCGAUACUCGUGCAGCUUGAACCUGGAAUUAGUCAAGCAGAGCGAAUACUAUGCUGGAUUUCUCAAAAGCAGUCCAAAGAUCACCCUCGUCCUCGCAAAGCCGGACAAAGAUGCCGACGAUGCAGUCGAACAACAGCAGCAGGCGAGCUCUAGCUCACUCUCACCGUACACAACCUCGGCUCCACUCAGCAAGACGCCGAGCAGGGACUGGAGGGUGGAUGCUCCCGCCGCCGACUCCACUCCUUCUGAUGCUGCGGCCUCCAACUGGAUUUGCGCCAUCUGCGGCUUCAGCAAUGCUGCCAGUCGUUCCGUCUGCGAGCUCUGCGGAGUAACAAAGGAACCUGCUCGCCCAAAUCCCAAGCGAACUACCUGGCAAGAUCGUGGCCAAGAUCCAUCGCGGCCAGACCCCUUCUCCGGCCCGAGCAAGCCGCCAUCAAUAGCACAGCCUCCUUAUUCCGCUUCCAAACCACCAGCAUCAAAGCAGAACGAUGGCCUGGCCUGCGACGUAUGCACCUUCCUCAAUCAUCCUUCCAUGGCCAAGUGCGAAAUGUGCGGCUCCCAUCUUGGUCGCAGCUGGCAGCAAGAGCAAGCUUCCGCUGCAGCAUCUACCACUUCACUCACAGCCCCGAGCACACCAUCACGCAAGAGCACGGAGGCAGAUGCUCUGUCCUUGCGCUCCAGUACUGCACCUAGCAGAGCUUCCACCCCAGCAUCGUCCUCGUUGCCCCCCUCAACCGAUUCCGUCAAGCUCAGCUUCCGUAAAGGCGGCGACAAAGCGUUUUACAACUUACUCAAAUCCACGCUUCGAGCCAAAGCCUGGGCUAGCGACACCAAGGGUACAGCUGCAGGCGCUUCAAAUCCUUCUGCUUCCAGCGAUGCUCGAGCAAUGCGCGUUGCAGCGGGCAUGGUCGAUCUCGACGGCAGAUCAGCUGCUCUGAAGAGGGUCGGUAUCGACGGCAUCCUCUCUUCCGUCGAUUCCACCAGUCGCGCUCAGAAUGAUGAUAUGCACGGCGCACUCAAGGACCUCGAAGCGCUCAUGCGAAAAGCCAAGCAAAUGGUCGAGUUUGCGGAGUCGCUCAACGCCAAACUCACAAAGCAGGAGCAAGCCGCUGCUGCAGCCAAGGCCGCUGGCUUGCCAGACACGGCACCACAGCCAGAUCAAGAGGCUGCUACACUCAUCCGAUCUUCCCUUGUGCAGCUCGGUCUGCCGGCCCCUGCCGUCACCGAGGACAUGGCGAGGGAUCAAGACGAGUACCACCGUGAGCUAGCCCGUGAGCUAGCUGGCUUGCUGCUUGGCAACCCUUCGGGCGGUCGAAGGGCAGGGUUGAUGGGCGCAGGAAGGAUCGCGGCCAAAGGUAAAACCACCGAAUCGCUGCCUCGCGUUUCGGACGAUGAGCUGCAAGGUCGAGGCUUGGUGGGGCUCGAUGAGGUGUGGUGCGUUUGGAACAGGGCACGCGGCGUGGCCCUGAUCCCUCCGCAAGCGCUUCGUUCUGCUGCGGCUUUCCUUCCCGACAUCACGUCCCCUUCUGUGCGCAUCAAGACAUUCCGAUCAGGCCUCUCGGUGCUCCAUACGCCCAAGUACAGCGACGACGCCUUUGCCUCGCGCAUCCUGCACUACCUCGAUACGCUCGAGUGGGAACACAAGAUGAAGCGCAUCGAACAGGCGCAAGCACUCCGAAUCUCGGAUGGCAGUUCCAUCGCCUCGACAGCUUCGUCGCAAGAGGCGAGCUACGGUGACAACCUCUCUCCCUGGGGUUCGGGCGCAUCGAUAUUGGAGAUUGCCGAGAAGGAGGACGUGCCUAUAUUGCUCAUCAACGAGAUGAUGGACAUGAUCGAGGCCAAGACGGGUAUGGUGGUUCGGGAUGAUGGUGGGCCCAAUGGGACGAGGUGGUUCGUCAACCACUUUUCGAGGGUGUAG